AUGUCCAUGAUGCCCUACGAAAGCACCCUGUACGUACUCACCAUGACCGGACUUCAAUUAACGAACAUGUUUGAGCACGGCGCCCCAAAGUUCACCUGGUUCGGGGACCCUGAAGGGGCGUUUCUUCAGGUGUCAGGAAUACGUGUGGCUUUUAAUUUCUCGCUCGAAAAAGGUUGCAGAGUAAUUAAACUUGAUAUUUUGUGUUCCAAAUGUAAGAUACCAAAGUAUGAGCCUGUAAUGCUGAACGAAACAUACCGCAUUGUCACCACAAGUUACGUUGCGAACGGUGGAGACGGAUUCACAUUCGAUAGCACCGUAAAAAAAGACACAGAAGGAGUUGUUGACAACGAGGUGGUAAUUGAAUACGUCCGCAAGAUGUCCCCUAUUAAGGAGCCCGAAGAGGGACGCGUUAUUAUGUACGACAACCCUAGACCUGCCAAUUCCACGGCUGGUGGGGUCUUCGUCUCGGCGUAU